ACUUGAAGAGCUCAACCCAUUGACGUUCACGGACUUCCAGUGGAUGCCCGUUCCCUCGACCGGACGAUUGCCGAAACCGCAUUGCAACGUGCUUAUGGCGCAAUUGCGGGACUACUUGCACACUGCAGUACCAGCUCCGUUGAUGGACGUCGGAGUAGAGGUUGUCGACCUUCACGCUUUCAUCGCGAAGAUCGACCGCGAGUUCAAGACGCAACGGUACGACAACAUCGACGCACCAUUGCUAUACAUACGCAUUCAGAUCGGAGAGGCGACCUGCAGUGCCUUGAUCGAUUGCGGAGCAUCUCGCAACUACAUCAGCCAGGACUUCAUGGUACGCGUCGGCCUUGGCCCACGUAUCCGGAGGAAGUCCCAGCCUACGCAAGUCACCUUGGCAGACGGUCAUACGCACAAGUCCAUCGACCGGUGCAUUGACACCGUCCCAGUGUACUUUGCCCCUCACGCAAGUGAGGCGGUGUCCUUUGACAUUCUGAACACCAAAUUCGACAUGAUCUUGGGCAUGUCAUGGCUGCGAAGCAAGGAUCACCCGGUGAACUUCUUCAACCGCACCGUUCUCGUUCGUGACCGGAACGGAGUAUUAGUCCCAUGCACGGUGCCUCUUCCUCAUCCUUCGAUCAACUGCCACGUGGUAUCCGCCGCAAGCAUGCGAGCUUCCAUCAUUAGAGACGACAUCGAGGAGAUGCGGGUGUGUUUUCUCCACGCCCUCCCGCCACAUGACGCUUCAUCGACGGACUCACCUUCGGAUCCACGCAUCACCGAACUUCUCGACGCCUACAGCGACGUGUUCGAAGGCCCGCACGGAGUAGUACCGGGUCGACCCAUCCGCCACGAGAUCAUCCUCGAGGACGGGGCCGUACCUCCGCACGGUUGCAUCUACCGAAUGAGCRAGGAAGAGUUAAGUGUGCUUCGGGCACAACUCGACGACCUUCUAGAGAAAGGCUGGAUUCGGCCUAGCUCAUCGCCAUACGGUGCUCCUGUUCUCUUCGUCCGGAAGAAGAACAAGGACCUGCGGUUGUGCAUCAACUAUCGCAAGCUCAACGCACAGACGAUCAGGAACGCCAGCCCUCUCCCACGCAUCGACGACCUUCUCGAGCGAUUGGGCGGCGCCCAGUAUAGGUACCACCAACUCGAGAUUCGCAAGGAGGAUCGCUACAAAACUGCGUUCAAGACUCGGUAUGGGCAUUUCGAAUGGCUGGUCAUGCCAUUUGGCCUUACGAGUGCCCCAGCCACUUUCCAAGCGGCUAUGACGACGGAGUUCCGACACAUGCUGGAUCGUUUCGUACUUAUCUACCUCGACGACAUUCUGGUUUACAGCCGGAGUCUGGACGAGCAUGUGGAACACAUGCGCACCGUUUUGGAGCGGCUACGACAGGCCAAGUACAAAGCAAACCGCGACAAGUGCGAGUUCGCACAGCAGGAGCUGGAGUACUUGGGACACUAUGUGACGCCGCAAGGCAUCCGUCCGCUUGCGGACAAGAUCGAGGCCCUACGAGUAUGUCCCGAACCCACCAACACCACGGACGUUCGUUCAUUCAUGGGGUUGGCGGGCUACUAUCAGCGAUUCAUCACCGGAUACUCCAGGAUUGCUGCACCUAUGACGAGGUUACAGUCGCCAAAGGUGCCAUUCGUAUUCGAUGACGACGCACGCCGUUCAUUCCAAGCACUUAAGACGGCUAUUCUCAUGGCACCCGUCCUUACCAUCUAUGACCCCACCCUGCCGACGCGAGUGACUACGGACGCUUCCGGCUAUGGCAUUGGGGCAGUCUUGGAACAGCACGACGGCGACGACUGGCACCCUGUGGAGUAUUUCAGCCACAAAGUGCCUCCCAUCAACUCGCUUGAUGAUGCAAGGAAGAAGGAGCUGCUCGCAUUCGUGAUGGCUCUCAAACGCUGGCGGCACUUCCUCCUUGGGCGUCGUAGGUUCACAUGGAUCACAGGCAACAAUCCAUUGACCUACUACAAGACGCAGGACACGGUGAGCAGCACGAUCGGACGAUGGAUGUACUUCAUCGACCAAUUUGACUUCACACCAAAGCAUGUCCCCGGCCUCUCCAAUCGCGCAGUAGAUGCACUCUCGCGAAGACCUGAUCUUUGCGCUAUGACACAUCAUGCCUUCGCAUUCGACGAGGAGCUUCAGCGACACUUCAUCCGGGCAUAUCGGUCUGAUCCGGACUUCGGCACGCUCUAUGCACAGCUAUCUUCGGAUCACCCGCCGGCCAGCCAUUACCGCAUUGCCGACGGGUACUUGCUCCUCCACUCGAGAGGCAAGGACGUACUAUGUGUCCCAAGCGACCGUCGUCUUCGGACUCGCCUCCUCGGCGAGUACCAUGAUUCACGACUCGCCGGCCAUUUCGGAGUCAACCGCACUAUUGCACGGCUUCGACAGCGAUUCCGAUGGCCCGACCUCAUUACCGAUGUCACUCGGUAUUGCGACUCUUGCGAAGUUGGCCGACGCAGCAAGCCCCGUAACCGCAAUCCCUACGGCGAGUUACACCCGAUGCCUAUCCCACGGGAACCCGGUCUCUCCAUUGCCAUGGACGCCACCGGUCCGUUUCCUCGCGACCGGCUCGGGCACGACGGCAUCCUCACGGUUGUGGACCGAUUGACGCAUGGGAGACGCUCUACGUCGGAAGAUCCAACCGUUAAACAACAGCUGGAGGAGCUUGCUGGUUCGCUGGUGAGUAUGAAAGAGCACUUUGAUCGAGAACAGGCUAAGAAGGACGAAAAAGCGAAGCGAAAGCAGGAGAAGAUGGAGAAAGAGGAGUGGGAGAAGGAGCGCCUUGCUGCGAAGCGCCGUGAAGACCGAAAGGAGGAAAAGCUACGUCGAGAUGAGAUCGAACGGGAGAGGUUCCGUAACGAGAUGCGAAUGCAAAUCUCCAUGGAUGUUGGAGGUCUAGGAGAGCACCUAGAGCGCAAGAUUAAUCGUGUUAUUGCUCUCGCUAAAGGGAAAGGCAAGGCCGAGGAGGUACUCUCCGAGGCGGAAUCGUACGAAUCUGAGAGCAGUGACGUGGAAGCUUUGAGUGACCUGGCGGAGAAGCUGACGAUCAAUGAGAAGCGUAAACGCGGCCCCGAAAAAGUGGUGGGGGAUAGCCCACCUAUGGAGACACCGACGAAGCGCUCCGCUAAACGUGGGGAACUGGAUACCGUGCGGGUUACCAAGCGGCUACAGCUGAGCUGUCGCCGACCACCUCUCAAGAAGACGCCUACAAGGAAGAAUCCGAGGAAGACGCCGCGACGUAGCGUUCGGAAGAGCAAGAUUCCAGCAGCGGCUGGACUAAUGGGGAAGCUGAGUUUCGUUACGGAGAACCUGAAGACACUCGGAAAUAUGACGAUGGACCAGCUAAAGGAGAUAUGUCGUUUGGAAGAUGUUCAGUACGAAUCUAAGAAGAUGGAAACGAUUCUAGCUAUUGCCGAUAAGCGGACACACAUCGCCUACGGGUCAGACCAUGAUGUUGCCGAGGCGGAGGCCGCGGAGCAUGGGGAUCCGGCUGUCGUCGCUGAUGAUGAUACCAAGUCAGACACUGAGGAGGACGUGGAAUCCUAAAGCAUUGGGCAGCUAUGGAGUCUUUGUCGGGCUCUGAUACAGGUCCGAAGGGAAUCCCCCUUCGACCCUACCUUGGAGCGACUCUAUCGUAUGAUUGUCAUGUUGCUUGCUCUGAAUGGGCAGAUAAGGUGGUUACGUAAGUGUGCGUGUUCCUAGGUUAGCCUGUUUAUGCGUCAUGGCAUGGAUUUCUUCCUUGGCGAAGGUUUCCCCUACCCCAGGGUAGGUGGCCACGUGCAGGCUCGCUUGCAGGAUAUCGAGGGCGUCCAUCCGCUCAUUCUUAAUGUGAAUAACAUCCCUAAGCAGUCGCACCCCAACCGGUGCGCGCUGUUGAUUCAGGAGAUUGAGUUAGGUUUAUAAUCCUGGGCUAAUCGCAGGGGUGAGACGCCAUUUGUCCUUCUGUCCGAAGCUCGGAGAUGUAUGGUCGCGCCAUCGGGGGAAGUGGCUGAAUACCUCGAUGUGCGCUGAGUUAGGAGUCUUGGUAGGGAUCUUUCGGGUCUGGUACUGACGCCAUUGGAUCGGAAUCCUGGCGAGACUUUGGUACUAUGCCCGAAGUUGUACUAUGAGGCUUGUUUGUAUGCUCCUCGGGGUACGUUGUCGUGCAGCAGAAUGAAGCUGUUGUUCAUAC